AUGGCAACUUCUUCUAACCCAACAGAACAAAAUUGGCAUCCAUCCAGUCUUCUUCCCUACGAUGCGCUCCCGAAUCACCAUGAUGACUUUGACUCGAUGGUUUUUAACGCGAAGUCCACUGCUGGGACUGGAACCAAUUUUACGACCGCGCUGCUGUUGCAUCACUACAGGGGUUUCCAUUAUAGCAACUCGGGGAGUUUCCUCGGUGGCACCGGUGAUGGGACAGUGCUGUCGGCAGAGGCACUGACACUGAUACUCGACUUACUCGUUACGAUAUGCACGGAGUUCACAGGCUUCGUACAUGGCAUCUCGUUGCGCUCCGCGCUAGCCUCAGAGUCUCGACUUCCUUUCAACACCAAUCUCCGCCUUCUGACUGCAGCUUGUGGAUGGAGAAACCCCAAUGGCGCCCUGCUUAAUGGUAUCAUGGCUGUCCUCAUUAUAUCCUACACCUCAACAUCACUUAUCCUAUAUGAUGAUUUUACUGUAAAAGAUGAUACGGAUAUUGUCAUGGAUAUUGCCAUUGCAGGGUUACCUCUCCUAUUCCUGGGCGUCGCACUUCUUCUGCAGGUCGUGAUCGCAUUAUCAGGGAUGCGAGCUGUCAAAAUAUUGACGUGGAGCUCCUCACCUUUCGACUUAACCGCCGCCCUGGUCCACCACAGUCGAUUGAUCCCGGUUCCUUUCCAGUGCAUCAUGCGCUGGAUGGACAGCGCUCGCCACUUAUUUAGUGAAGAUGCAUGGGCGCCGGUGAUGUGGUGGGGCCACAAGGGAGACGGAAUCCCGUAUUGUUAUGCUGGAACGAGCGAUCAUCCGCUGCCGGAUGUGAAAAUGGACUGCGUUUAUGCUGGUUCCGGUGUCGACUCCCCUGCAAUUGUCCCGUGA